AUGGCCAACUCGCAAUGCAUCUCUGACGCGACGAAGAUGGCCAAGCCUCGCGCGUUUCCGUCCACUGGAUUCGAAAUCAUAAGCCCCGACCAACAGGUCGAGGAAGAACGACUCCCGUUUUACAGGCGCGAGGACUACUAUCCAAUGCGAAUCGGUGAAGUCGUUCGCGAUCGCUAUCAAGUCGUUGCAAAGCUAGGCUAUGGCACGAGUUCGACCGUCUGGCUGUCUCGUGAUCUUCGCGAGAAAACAUACUGGGUUCUUAAAGUGUAUAUCAAUACCUUGAAGCAUAACCAAGAAUUCAAAGUAUACAAGCACUUGGCAGAGAUUGCACAAAAACUCCCAGACGAGCUUGGCUCCGAAAACGUCCGACGCAUCCAAGACUCAUUUCAGAUGCAAGGUCCAGAUGGUCGCCAUGAUGUCCUGGUUAUGAAACCGCUGGGAAUGAAUUUGCAUUCGGAUAACCUGCUGAUUGCUCUAACGAGUGAUGCAAUUCUCUCCAAAGUCGAGGAAAAUGAGAUUAACACGCCCUCACCACGGAAGCAAAUAGGCGAUACUAUCAUCUAUGUCUCCCAAUAUGUGCUAAGUGGUGCAGGUGCGCUCACAAUCAGUGACUUCGGUCAAGCUCGCAUCGGCAAGGAACAGAGCGGAAAUGCAAUGCCUGUCCCGUAUCGAGCACCUGAGGUUAUUCUCGGCAUGCCAUGGGGUCCUUCGGUGGACAACUGGAGCGUUGGUCUCUUGGCCUGGGACAUGUUAGAAAAAGAGACCCUCUUCCGGGUAUAUGAUCAUGAAUCUGCAGAUAAAAAUGACGCAUGCCAUCUUGCUGCAAUGACUGCGCUCCUUGGCCCGCCACCACCCGAGUUUCUUGAGAGGAGCGAAGAAACGCAAAAGUAUUGGGAUGAAAACGUUUAA